UUCAGCGGUGGAUCACGGCAGUUUUAAUUGUGAAUUGUGAAUUGUUUGAAGUUUAUUCGAUGGAGAAAGGAGAUGAAGAUAGAGACUGCGAUGGCGAUGGCGGCGAUGGAUUCAUCGACCGUAGCAGAGUAAGGAUUUUACUUUGCGAUAAUGAUGCAAACAGUACUGAAGAGGUGUUUACGCUUUUGUGUAAAUGUUCUUACCAAGUGACUAUUGUGAAAUCAGCUAGGGAGGUGAUUGAUGUAUUGAAUGCUGAGGGUUCUGAAAUCGAUAUUAUUCUAUCUGAGGUUGACCUUCCUAUGAAUAAUGGAUUGAAGAUGUUGAAAUACAUCAUUAGGGAGAAAGAUUGGCGGCGUAUUCCUGUCAUCAUGAUGUCGGCGCAGGAUGAAGAAUCUGUGGUUGUUAAAUGUUUGAGGCUGGGAGCAGCUGACUAUUUGGUCAAGCCUUUACGCACUAAUGAACUGUUGAAUUUGUGGACUCAUAUGUGGAGAAGGCGUCAAAUGCUAGGACUUUCAGAGAAGAACAUCUUGAAUUGUGAGUUUGAUCAUGUGGCAUCAGAUCCUAGCGAUGCUAACACAAAUAGCACAGCUCUGUUUUCAGAUGACACUCAACAUGAAUAUGAGCUUAAUCUUGCAGGUACAGCUGAUAUAAUAGAGCCUUUUCCAGUCAAGUUGAUGGAUUGUCAACCUGAUAUACCAGGAAUCAGUGAUCGACGAAGAGGACAAUUAUCUUCAUAUCUAAAGGAAACCGAGCUGAGGAUAGGCGAUGAGUCUUCCGCCUUCUUCACAUACUUAAAAUCAAACCAAAACCCGCCCCUAACUAAUCAUAUACAAGCAGCCCCUUUAUCAAUUGACAUGAAUGCUCCAUCAGAUCACAUGGAAAAGGAACUCAAUGAUCAUGACAAGAUAGAAGAAGACGACAUCCCUAGCAGUAGCAGCUUUCCCGAUUCCCCUAUAUUGCUAGAUAAUCAAAAACCGAAUAACUGGAAUUUCUAUCCUUACUAUAUUCCAGGAGCUAUGACCCAAUUCAUGAUGACUCCAAUCAACCAUAUCUUUCCCCAUUAUGCCCCAGGAGUUUCAUCAUUCCCCUGUUGGAACAUUCCAUAUAAUGAUGAAGAAGAAGAAAAACUUAAAGUUGAUAGAAGAAAAGCUGCAUUGAUCAAAUUCAGACAGAAGAGGAAAGAAAGGUGUUUCGAUAAGAAGAUCAGAUAUGUAAACCGUAAGCAAUUGGCUGAGAGACGACCUAGGAUAAGGGGACAGUUUGUCAGGAAGAUUGAUGUCGAUCUUAACUGUGAUCCUUCAUCUUCUGCUGAUGAAUGAUCAUAUCUCAAGAUGGGUGGUUAUAGAUCUUCAACCUGCAGUUUUCGACAGACAAACUCUGUAUGUGUUGUUUAAGGUUUAUAUGUCAAACCAAAUUCAAAUUCAAAUUCAAAACCAAUAUUUUAUUGAUUUGGAUCUGGUUAAUUAACCCAUUUGUUUAUGUUUAUUAAAUUGUGUAGUUUUUUUUUAGGGAAAGACAAAGAAGAGGACAAUAACAGGAUGAGAUCUGGUUUAUGCACAUGGGUUGAAUUGAAAAAAGAAAAACACAGGUCUGGAUUUUUCUUAAUUGUGUUUUUUCUUAAAAUAUAAACAGUUAAUUACUUAUUAAUAUAUUUAAAUCAAGAAAUCUGAUCUAGUAGUACA